CAGGAAAAUUAUACAGUGGGAAUUUCUCAUAGAUCGGAUAUGCAGGGUGUUCUUCCAUAUUUAGCUGCUGAUGUUCAACCUGUAGCCUUUCAAUUACCCUCCAAAGAAGAGGAAGAAAUAGGCAGUGGACUAGAUGGUGAUGAAAAAUAUUUGAUUAAGGACAAGAUUUCUACCAUGCUUCAGCGUGUUCUGCCGGGAAAAGAAUCUCCAAGAGACAACAUUAGCAUCUGUGCUGGUAAAACAAUUUUGGAUGCUCACGAGUUUCAUCCAUUCAAGUCUAGGAAGCAAUCUGCUGAAGAAGGACCAAGCUUCCAGAGGCUGCAUAUCUUAUCUAAUGAUAGAGAGGCUGAAUUAUAUUGUAAUAGGCAUGUGAGAUUGAAAAUAUCUGCUGCAGAUAGAGAGACAUCUACUUCUGCAAAGAGUGCACGUUGCACUCGUGAAGAGUUUGGACUGACUGAUGUAGGCAUUGCCAAUAACCUGAUUCCAAUCAGUGUAGCAAACACAGUUAAGGAUUCCAGACCACAAAUGUGGCUGCAGCGAUGGAUACACUCCUCUGAGAGGACAGGUAUAGUAAAUGAACAAGUACCAAGAGAGAACUGGAACUGCAAUACUGUAAAACACCAUGGGUCACUUUUCAGAAAUUGUACUCAAGAAUGGUCAGGGGACAAUAGAAAAGCAAGCCCUUUUCAGCAGACAAACAGAAGAAAAGAGAAUGGUAGCUGUUUUUCAGACUCUAGGUCACAAGCCUUCAGAGAGGGACAUUUCAAAUCUGACUUAAAGGGUACAGAGUUCAGGAAGAAAAUUUUGACUUCCAGUGCUUCUGCAAUGGCAGUUCUGGGGACAAGAACUAAAGAGAUGUAUGCAGCCCUUCCAAAUAGAAAAGAUAAAUUUCCAGUUUGGGCUUCAACUCAGCGUGCAGAUGCAGAUGCAAAGCAUGCUUGUUUUGUACCUGAAUAAAUCAAAUCCAAUAAACUUAUCAAACAGACAGCACACACUUUCAGUUCUGCCGUGAUCAUGUUCAAACAUUGCCAAUUGAUAAGCAUAAGUGAUAACUAUGCCAUGUGGUUCAACUUUAAUUAGCUUGGCACGGAUUUUACUAUCACAUUUUACUACAUUUAUGCAUCGAGGAUGAUGAGAGGGAUCACUGUAUAAUUUGCUUUUCUAAAAUAGUAGUACUUUAUAGAAGUACAUAGCCUCGGUACAAAUUCAUUCUAAUUUGUUUACAGGGUUAUUUUGUUGAAUACAUCUUCAGCAUAAAAUUAUGAGAACAAAUAAUGGCUGGAUUAAAAAAUUAACGUAUGAAAUAAACAAAGAUUUAAGCUGGUCAGCUGACAUGUGCAAGAAUGA